AUGGAGUGUCUGAUUCUACGCAACAUCACCACAAGCCUGCCUGCGGUAACAAUACCGAAAAACAAUUGUUUUAUUCCCGAGGGCAUUGAUCUUGCGGAUCCUGAUUACAAUGUGCCGCGGAGAAUUGAUCUGAUAAUCGGAGCUGAACAUUUCUAUACUUUUGUAAAGGGUGGCCGGAUGAAUUUGGGUAAAUCGUUACCGACACUUGUGGAAAGCGUGUUUGGCUGGCUGGUGUCAGGAAAAUCAUCGUAUGCUCCAAUUCCCCACCCUCCGCUAUGUCAUAUUUCCACACUAAAAUUGCUCGAUAGGAACAUAGAGAAGUUUUGGCGAAUCAAAGAGGUAGAUACGAAGGUUCUUUCCCCGAUGGAACAACACUGUGAGAACUUCUACAAAAGCACUGCGUCCAGAGAUCCCUCUGGUCGGUAUGUGGUCAAAUACCUUAAAAAGGAUGGAUUUUCUCAUAUGCUGGGCGAAUCUUAUACCAAUGCUGUACGACGGUUGGAAGGUCUCGAAAUAAAGCUGGAGCGGAAUGGGUUGCUGAAAGAGAGGUACCACACCUUUAUGUCAGAGUUCGUUAACCUUGGUCACAUGCGUGAGAUUUCUCCAGAUGAAGAAGCAUCUUCCAUGGCCUGUUUUCUUCCACAUCACCCAGUUGUAAAAGAAGCGAGUAUGACCACGAAGGUCCGUGGCGUGUUCGACGCUUCAGCGAAAACUAGUACAGGUUACUCCCUUAAUGAUGGAUUGCUAACAGGUCCUGUGCUACAAGAUAAACUGUAUCUGAUUAUUCUCCGAACAUCGAAAAGAUGUACCGCAUGGUUCGUAUCCAUCCAGAUGAUCAGCCUCUUCAAUGCGUACUGUUUCGCUUCAGUAAAGUUGCUCCUAUAA